GUUUCCUCCAAUGAUGUUAUCUCAGUCGUUCUCAGGCUCCACAAGACUGAGCGACCGGCGAUUGGACUGCAUUCCCGGCGUCGCACGCCGUCAAGACAACGACUGGCGAUCAUCCUCUGGUCAAUUUCGACAAUCACUAGUCUUGAAGAUCACAGGUAUUGUUGGACAACAAGACAAAUAAAAUAAGAUGGGUUCUGCAAAUGCAUCCGGAGAUUUGUCAUCAGAAAUGGAGGUGGACGCUUUUAGGCGCCUUUUCCCUCUGCGCUUUCAUGAACGCCAUCUUCUUGAGUCCAUACGACCCGAUGCUAGGCCCCUUGGAAAAGCUAGGGAGACAACUCUGGCCCUUGGAGCCGUUGCUUCUGCUGACGGAUCAGCAAUGGCGAAGAUAGGUUGCACUACCAUGUUGGCUGCCAUUAAAAUGGAAGUCAUGACCCCUGCAACAGAUUCACCCGAUGAGGGCUGCAUAGCUAUUGAUUUCCACAUGCCUCCAAUUUGUUCUCCACUUGUUAGGCCUGGCAGGCCAGCCGAGGCAGCACCAGUUGUGUCCAAGCAGUUGUCUGACACUAUCUUGAGUUCUGGCAUGAUUAAUUUGAAGGAAUUAUCCUUGGUCAGUGGAAAAGCUGCUUGGAUGGCCUACCUGGAUAUAUACUGUUUGGAUGCUGAUGGUGCGCUUUUUGAUGCUGCAUUACUUUCAGCAGUUGCUGCUUUCUCUCAUUUGCAAAUUCCAGUAGUUUCUUUGAAUGAUGAUGGAAGAAUAGUACUUGUUUCUGAUGGAAUUGAGGGAACAAAGUUGGAAACGGAGCCAGUGAAUAAAGACAAGAGGACGCUCAAGUUGAGAAGCAUUCCUUUCUCCUUAACAUGCAUACUUCACAAGAACUACAUCCUGGCAGAUCCUACAGCAGAGGAAGAGUCCAUUAUGGAAACUCUUGUAACUGUGGUAUUGGAUUCAUCUUGUCAACUUGUGUCACUUUACAAGCCAGGCGGACCAGUUCUCGCACAUACAUCAGCUAUCCAGGAUUGUGUUGCUUUAACAAGACAAAGAGUGAAGGAACUCCAGAGCAUCUUGAAUGAAGCCAUUGCUGAUAUGGAGGUGGACUAGCAGUCUGGAGAGAUCCUCUAUCAGUAGCAAAAGCUAGGUGGUAGCCAUUCCGUUUCAACUCAUUGCUGUUCAUCCUCUCUUAUAUUGAGGUGAUAGUAAGGAUUUCAGACCGUUAUUCUCAGAGGGCGAGGUCAUUACUCAGUUUUGGUUGCAUAUGUACAAAGAUUUUUCUUAUGCAUCUUGAGAGCAAAUGAUUAGCAUUUUGCUUCUGGGAAUGUGAAUGCUUCUGGGAAUGUGAAUCAUGGUGAUGAUUAGCAUUUUGCUUUAUUUAUUUGUUUUUGGGGUUGGAAAAUGGAGUUGUUACUCUUUUUUGGUGUA